UGAAGUUGAACUUGUCUCUUCUUGCGUUUCUCUACUUUUUGACUCGGUGCUGCCAUCUGUCUUCCCUAAUCUCGUCUUUCCCGUUCAUUACUCAAGCCGGAUCUCUUCAGUGUGCCAGCCAUGCAGCGCGCUUUGUCAUCAGCCGCGCGAUCCUCGCUCUCAUCCUCCUCUCCAUACUCCAGAUCCGCCGGCAAGAGUUUACAGCAACUCCGAUUCGCUCACAAGGAAUUGAGGUUCGGUGUUGAGGGUCGAGCUCAGCUGUUGAAAGGUGUCGAGACUUUGUCAAAAGCUGUUGCCACCACACUCGGUCCAAAAGGUCGCAAUGUCUUGAUUGAAUCGAGCUACGGAUCACCCAAGAUCACAAAAGAUGGUGUCACGGUCGCCAAAGCUGUCACCCUCCAAGACAAGUUCGAAAACCUCGGUGCCCGCCUGAUACAAGACGUUGCCUCCAAGACCAACGAAGUCGCCGGUGAUGGUACCACAACCGCCACAGUCCUCGCCAGCGCCAUCUUCUCCGAAACCGUCAAGAACGUUGCCGCCGGAUGCAACCCCAUGGACUUAAGGAGAGGCACACAAGCAGCUGUUGAAGCUGUCGUCAACUUCCUGCAGAAGAACAAGAAGGACAUUACCACAAGCGCGGAAAUUGCUCAGGUUGCUACUAUCUCUGCCAACGGUGACACGCACGUCGGCAACCUCAUCUCCAAUGCCAUGGAGAAGGUUGGAAAAGAGGGCGUUAUCACUGUCAAGGAAGGCAAGACGAUCGAUGACGAGCUCGAGGUCACAGAGGGCAUGCGAUUUGACCGUGGCUUUACAUCUCCCUACUUCAUCACCGAUACCAAGUCCCAGAAGAUCGAAUUCGAGAAGCCUCUGAUCCUCCUGUCUGAGAAAAAGAUCUCUGCCGUCCAAGACAUCAUCCCUGCUCUCGAAGCUUCUACACAAAUGCGCCGUCCUCUGGUCAUCAUUGCUGAAGACAUUGACGGAGAAGCGCUGGCUGUCUGCAUCCUGAACAAGCUGCGAGGUCAAUUGCAGGUGGCUGCUGUCAAGGCACCAGGCUUCGGUGACAACCGCAAGAGCAUUCUCGGCGAUAUUGGUAUCUUGACCAACGCUACCGUCUUUACGGACGAGCUGGACAUCAAACUGGAGAAGGCUACACCUGACAUGCUCGGAUCUACUGGCAGCAUCACCAUCACCAAAGAAGACACUAUUAUCCUGAAUGGCGAGGGAAGCAAGGAUUCUAUUGCUCAACGAUGCGAACAAAUUCGAGGUGUCAUGGCGGAUCCCACCACCUCAGAAUAUGAGAAGGAGAAACUGCAAGAACGCCUUGCUAAACUCUCUGGAGGUGUCGCUGUCAUCAAGGUUGGUGGCGCUUCUGAGGUCGAAGUCGGCGAGAAGAAGGACCGUGUCGUCGAUGCUCUGAACGCCACUCGUGCUGCUGUUGAGGAAGGUAUCCUGCCCGGUGGUGGUACCGCUUUGAUCAAGGCCGCUGCCAAUGCUCUCAAGGAUGUCCAACCCACCAACUUCGAUCAGCAGCUCGGUGUCAGCAUCAUAAAAAACGCCAUCACCCGACCAGCACGUCGCAUUGUUGAGAACGCCGGUCUGGAAGGCAGCGUUGUUGUUGGCAAGCUCAUGGACGAGUUUGGUGGUGACUUCAACAAGGGUUUCGACUCUGCUACAGGUCAGUAUGUCGACAUGCUGUCCAAGGGCAUUGUGGAUCCUCUGAAGGUCGUCCGCACCGCUCUUGUUGAUGCUUCCGGUGUUGCGUCGCUACUCGGUACCACUGAAGUUGCUAUUGUCGAGGCACCAGAAGAGAAGCCUCCUAUGCCACCAAUGGGCGGCAUGGGUGGUAUGGGAGGUAUGGGUGGCUUCUAAGCGCGGCGUAACGCUGUGUGAGGAUAUCAUGCUUGAUCUCGUCCCGAAGACCUUGUGCAAUUUCCUGCGUUUUAGCGACUAUAUUCCAUUUGGCAUAGCUGGACUCCGGCGAAAACAGUACUAUCGACAAAUCUGUGCGCCAACAACAGCAACAACAACAACAACAUCCAGUCAUUGAUCUGCCAUGUCCCGUGUUGUCGGUAUGCAAUCUGUUGAUCUACUACUCCCUCCUAACUUGUACAUUGCAUUUGUCAAACUACUCCACUCAACUUUUCAAGAUUGUGUCCUUUCUACAAAAAAGCUUUCACAUGCGGUUCGGGAGCAGAAUCAAAAGGUGGCUAAGAUCUUGGUUCGGCGUUGUGGUGACCAGCCGCUCACAGCGUGCGUUAGGUCCACCGGUUUGGGAGACGUGAAGAGGACGAAGGGCUCCGUGUGUAGAUGAAGCUGGCAGGUGGUGACUGUAUCAUAGCUAGUUGUGUAAUUAAAAAAAAAGUAAGAAAUUGUAAAGGGAUGUUUCUCGUUG